AAGAAGAAUAAGAAAAAGAUAAGUGAGAAUAAGAAGGCGAAGAGGAGAAUAAGAGUAAGAGUAAGAGUAAGAGUACGCGCAUGGUCUGUCCCGGAUCGGAUUGCCGAGUGGGGUAUUUGGAUGGUGAUUAGAAGAGUCGGCGCGUUCCUGGUUGCUGGUCAAUCGCAACACAAUGUCGGGACUACUAUACACACUGCUCGGUCUUGCAGCGAGCGCGAGUCUUCAUUGUGCGGUCAGGCGCGAAAUAAGUCCGUGCACUUGUAGACAGGAAAAGUAUUCACCGCCAGCGGGUGUUGUCACUUCGUCGUCCAGUGUAUCGGAAUCCCCGACGAUUAUUCCUGGAGGUGUUGCCAUAUUAACUAGUCUUCCCACUCGUACUGCGGGAGAUGGGGGAGGUGGAGGUGGGGGUGGUGGAGGUGGUGUUAUUGGUGAUUCUGGUAUUGGUGGUAGUGGUGGUAUUACAAAACCUCCCAAGUAUGGGGAAAAAAUAUCGGUUAUGUGUGAAAAAAUGGAGUCUUUCGGACAGGUCGCAGAUGCACUACGCGGUAAAUUUACUCCUGGACAGCAGAUUAUCCUCAAGAUAUCCCACUCCCAGCUCAAGGAUAUCUCGAGGCACGACUUCAAGGAGCUGCAGAUGUCCAUUUCCAGGCUCGAGCUCAACCACGAUCACUUGAGUACCGUAGAUGGGGAAGUAUUUGCUGGACUGAGUAGAACGAUGUAUUUAAAUUUAGCGGACAAUGAAAUACCCUCGAUACCGCGACAUAUUUUGUCACAUUUACCCCUGCUGAUAACACUAGAGCUCAGUAGAAAUCGGAUAACUCGGAUCGAUGUCAAUGACUUCAAGUAUAAUCCAUCAUUGCAACAAUUAUUGUUAGCUGGUAAUCCAAUAACUGAAAUGAUACCCGGAUCAUUGCCGCCGAGAAUAAAUAAAUUACAUGUUGGUAGAAAUCACUUGCGUACAUUAAACCGCACACUUUGUGACUUGAAUCAAUUGGAAUGGCUGUUUAUAAAUUCCAACGAACUAACGUCUCUCGACGGGGAAUUACCCACGUCAGGUCAUAAUUUACGAAUGUUACACGCUAUGGACAAUAAAUUAACUCAUCUACCGCCCGAAUUUCGUCAACUACAUCGGCUAGAAAUGUUAUUUCUCCAGCACAACAAAAUACGUAGUCUCGACGGUACCCUACAAAAAGCCUCAAAUCUUAAAUACUUGGAAUUGUCUUACAACGAACUGCAAGAACUGACGGCCGAGGAUUUCGUGGAGGCCGAGCUGCUGGAAGACCUCGAGCUGGGCCACAACUCGCUCAAGUCAUUGGGAGGUGACACCAACGGCAACGGGGACGGAAACGGCAGCAAAAGCGCUCUAUGGCCGCUGAGAUCCCUAAAGUGUCUCAAUUUAACGCACAAUGAAUUGAGCGAAUUUUCAUUCGUGUCUUUACGCGGACUUAAGGAAUUGCGUCUCAUUGAUUUGUCAAGCAAUCAAAUCGCUCGCGUUUUUCGAGGCCCUAUUGAAAAUCUUGUUGAUGAAGACGGCGAAGAAAUACCUGGUGCGAGUAUACAAGAAUUACGAUUACAAAAUAAUAAAUUACAGACACUCGAAGAUUCACUAUUUGUGGGUAUGCGCGAAUUGCAAAGAUUAAAUCUGAGCCACAACGCACUUGGUCCCACAAUAGGCUCGCAGAAAUUUCGUGGUCUUGAAAACUUACGUAAUCUAGAUUUGUCACACAAUAAAUUGACAACUCUUGAAGAUAUUUCAGAAGCAAGAUUACCAGCACUUGAAGAAUUGAUAGCCUCCCACAAUAGAUUAGUGACAUUAUCAGACCGUGAUUUUCGUGGUUUUCCAAUUUUAUGUUCUGCUGAUUUAACGAUGAACGAAAUACGUUCACUUACUGCUGAAUUAGUUGCCAAUACGCGUUGUACAGUUCACGGUGUUCCUGAUAUAUUACGAAUAUAUUUACAAGAUAAUCCUGUGUUGUGCGACGCAGCGCUGGUAGAUCUAACAGUCGCAUUAGAAGUCAACCACGCAAAGGUUUAUGGUACUGCCAAACAAUGUCCUGCAGUGGAAAGUCCCGCUACCGAGGCGACAUCUUUUGUACCGAUUCAGCCCUCCUCGGAUUUGUUCUACGCGCCGGCGGUCGCCGCUGCCGAUACCUCUGCUAAUAUAUCAUUCGCUGCGACACUCGAGCAAUAAUUUCAUUGUUGUUAAUUAUAGUUAUAAAUAUAAACAAUUUAUAAAUAUAUAUAUACUUAUAUAUAUAUAACAAUAAUUGAUUAACUAUUACGUUAACAGAUGAUAAGUGUCCCGUGAUAAAAAAUAGAUUAGAGGUAUAAAAUUAUAUAAAAAAUUUUUUUUAAUUCUCAGUAAAAUGAAAUCCGUCGGUUGCUUUCAUGACAAUUAAUGCCGGUUAGAAUUAUAAUUUUAAAUUCAAUUUUAUUUUAUAUUACUUGCAUUGAAGCUCGUGUUUUAGUGCAGGUAAUUGGGGUAAGUAAAUUGUGCGGCGGAACAGAAAACGGUUUCAUAGUUCGUGCGGUGGCAGCGCUUGCCUUCGGCUCGAGUCAACCUCGUCCUCGUCUGAAAUCGUCUUGUUUUAUCUCCCGCCGUAAAAUUUAAUAUUUUAAAUUCAAUUUUAUUUUAUAUUACUUGCAUUGAAACUCGUGUUUUAGUGCAGGUAAUUGGGGUAAGUAAAUUUCGCGGUGAAUCAGAAAAUGGUUUCAUAGUUCGUGCGGUGGCAGCGCUUGCCUUCGGCUCGAGUCAACCUCGCUCUGUCUAAAAUCGUCUUGUUUUAUCACCCGCCGUAAAAUUUAAUAUUUUAAAUUCAAUUUUAUUCUAUAUUACUUGCAUUGAAACUCGUGUUUUAGUGCAGGUAAUUGGGGUAAGUAAAUUGUGCGGCGGAACAGAAAACGGUUUCAUAGUUCGUGCGGUGGCAGCGCUUGCCUUCGGCUCGAUUCAACCUCGUCCUCGUCUGAAAUCGUCUUUUUUUAUCUCCCGCCAUAAAAUUUAAUAUUUUAAAUUCAAUUUUAUUUUAUAUUACUUGCAUUGAAACUCGUGUUUUAGUGCAGGUAAUUGCGGUAAGUAAAGUGUGCGGCGGUACAGAAAACGGUUUCAUAGUUCGUGCGGUGGCAGCGCUUGCCUUCGGCUCGAGAAAACCUCGCCCUGUCUGAAAUCGUCUUGUUUUAUCUCCCGCGGUAAAAUUAAAUAUUUAAAAUUCGAAUGAACUAAAAGUAAAUAAAUAUUUUGUCCGAAACAAUUGCCUAUAAAUUCGUAUUACUAAUAUUUAGAGGUUAUUAAUAUUUAAUAAACUAAUUUUGCUUUAGUUACUGAGUAAAAUAAUAACAAUUUACAUUAUUAUGACUAUUGAGAUUAAUAGUUGAUCAUGAAUAGUAAUAUAUAAUUGUUAAAAAAUAUAAAAAAUAAAGAACACACACACGUAAUGUCUUAAGACUUUAGAUUAUAACUAAUAAAUAAAUUAUUAUCAUUAAUUAUUAUUAUCAUUAAUUAUUGUCAUUAAUUAUUAUAAUUAUCAUCAUUUAAUUGUAGGCAUUGUAUGCAUUGUAAAUAGUUUUCAUUAAUAAUUUUUCGUUAACUACGAGACCAAACAUUUUAAAUUAGCUGCCAUUUUAAUAACUAAAGAAUUUUAAAACAACAAUUACCCGCAUUAAUUAAAAUUAGUUAUUAUAAACGGUUAAUUAAUUUAGUUUGUUAUCAAUCAGUAUGUUAUUUUGUC